AUGGGCUUACAUUUCAAGUGGCCAUUAGGGGCCCCUAUGCUGGCAGCAAUAUAUGCAAUGAGUGUGGUCUUAAAAAUGCUGCCUGCCCUGGGUAUGGCGUGUCCACCUAAAUGCCGCUGUGAGAAGCUGCUAUUCUACUGCGACUCUCAGGGCUUCCACUCAGUGCCAAACGCCACAGACAAGGGUUCUCUGGGUCUGUCCCUGAGGCACAAUCACAUCACAGCGCUUGAAAGAGAUCAAUUUGCCAGCUUCAGUCAGCUCACCUGGCUCCACUUAGAUCACAAUCAAAUCUCAACAGUAAAAGAAGAUGCUUUCCAAGGACUAUAUAAACUAAAGGAGUUAAUCUUAAGUUCCAACAAAAUAUUUUACUUGCCAAACACAACUUUUACCCAACUGAUUAAUCUGCAAAAUUUGGACCUGUCUUUUAAUCAGCUGUCAUCUCUGCAUCCGGAGCUCUUCUACGGCCUUCGGAAGCUGCAGACCUUGCAUUUGCGUUCCAACUCCCUGCGGACUAUCCCAGUACGCCUGUUCUGGGACUGUCGUAGUCUAGAGUUUCUGGAUUUGAGCACAAACCGUUUGCGAAGUUUGGCUCGCAAUGGAUUUGCAGGAUUAAUCAAACUGAGAGAGCUUCAUCUAGAGCACAAUCAGCUGACAAAGAUUAAUUUUGCUCAUUUCCUCCGGCUAAGCAAUCUGCACACGCUCCUCUUACAAUGGAACAAAAUCAGCAACUUGACGUGUGGGAUGGAGUGGACCUGGAGCACUUUAGAAAAGCUAGACCUAACUGGAAAUGAAAUCAAAGCCAUCGACUUGACAGUGUUUGAGACCAUGCCUAAUCUUAAAAUACUUCUAAUGGAUAACAACAAAUUAAAUAGUCUUGAUUCCAAAAUCUUAAACUCCCUGAGAUCUCUCACAACCGUCGGCCUCUCUGGCAAUCUGUGGGAAUGCAGCCCCAGAGUGUGUGCUCUUGCCUCCUGGCUAGGCAGUUUCCAAGGUCGGUGGGAGCAUUCCAUUCUAUGCCACAGCCCUGACCACACCCAAGGAGAGGAUAUUCUAGAUGCAGUCCACGGGUUUCAGCUCUGCUGGAAUUUAUCAACCACUGUCACUGCCAUGGCUACAACUUAUAGAGAUCCAACCACUGAAUAUACAAAAAUAAGCUCGUCAAGUUACCAUGUAGGAGACAAAGAGAUUCCAACUACUGCAGGCAUAGCAGUCACUACAGAGGAACACUUUCCUGAACCAGACAAUGCCAUCUUUACACAGCGAGUAAUUACAGGAACAAUGGCUUUAUUGUUUUCUUUCUUUUUUAUUAUUUUUAUAGUGUUCAUUUCCAGGAAGUGCUGCCCUCCCACUUUAAGAAGAAUUAGGCAGUGCUCAAUGAUUCAGAACCACAGGCAGCUCCGAUCCCAAACACGACUCCAUAUGUCAAACAUGUCAGACCAAGGACCGUAUAAUGAGUAUGAACCCACCCAUGAAGGGCCUUUCAUCAUCAUUAAUGGUUAUGGACAGUGCAAGUGUCAGCAGCUGCCAUACAAAGAAUGUGAAGUAUAAUAUCUACUCAUCAUCAAAAACCACAUCAGAUAAGUAACCUAUUUUACAUGGU